UCACUCCAACACGCGCCCCCAGGUGUGGUGACGAACACAACGCGGAAGUGUCUGUCAACAUCAGACAGCCUCUGGAGUCAACUGUCCUCAGACACGAUGUCCAACAACGACGGGAUUCGAUACUGUCACCGAUUCUCCUACAUUUUGCUCAAAUUCACCCUGUUUGCGUAUGCCAUCGUCUGGUGGUUGAUCGGUGGCUUCAUCCUGGCCAUUGGCAUCUACGCUGAGGUGGAGAGACAACGCUUCAAGACUCUGGAUGGAGUGUUUUUGGCCCCGGCUAUAAUCCUGAUCCUUCUGGGAAUCCUCAUGUUUAUUGUUUCAUUCAUUGGAGUCCUGGGUUCACUGAGGGAUAAUAUAAAGCUACUGAAAGUGUUCAUGUACACCCUCGCCGUGUGUCUGAUCCUGGAGCUGCUGGGAGGAAUAAUGGCGCUGGUGUUUCGAACCCAGACAGUGGGGCUACUGAACAAAAACAUCAGAAAAGGAAUUGUGAAUUACUACGAUGACCUGGACUUCAAAAACAUCAUGGAUUUUGUUCAAAAGAAGUUUAAGUGUUGCGGAGGUCAGGAGUACACAGACUGGUCGGUCAACAUGUACCACGACUGCGAUGCACCGGGUCCGUUGGCCUGUGGAGUUCCUUAUACCUGCUGCAUUACUACUAAGCCUAAUGAAGUGGCGAAUACUUUGUGUGGGUACCAGGUGUUGAAAAAAGAGCGUUUGGUUUUGACUGACAUCAUCCAUGUCCGAGGCUGCACAAAUGCCUUCUUCAUCUGGCUCAUGGACAACUAUAAGAUUAUGGCUGGAUUGCUAUUAGGGAUCCUAGUGCCUCAGUUCUUUGGUGUGAUAGUCAGCUGGCUGUACAUCACUCGUGUUGAAGACUCCAUCAGUGAGUAUGGUCACUACAUGGACCUACGGGACUCAAGCGCAAAUGAAAGAUCCGCAAAGAGUCAGGGCCGCAUGGCUAAGUGGUUCAAGUGUAUGCCAGAGAUUGACUGAUGGAGAAUGAAAACAAAAGCAGCAAAUGGACUCCAGCCAACACCAACAGUUGGUUAAGUGACUCCAGUGGAUCCAGAUGCUGCUGCAGCCACAGUGUGAGCCUGCACCGAACUGCAGAAUUACUACAUGCUCACUUCAGACAAUGCAGUUGAUGUUUUGCUUUUUGGUCAGAAGGAAAUGGGAUUUUUUUUUUCUGCAUGUAUCUUACAGUUAAAAUGUUCACAGGGCCCACUCUGGUGUGAAUUAUUAAUAACUGUGUUAACAUUCAGAGUACUAAUGCAUGUGUAGGGCCUAAGAGCUCAUUCAUUCAUAAGUGCUUUUAGCUGCAUUGGGCCCAGGAGAGUCUCAGGGAUAAUCACAGACAAACAGCACAUCCACUUUUGCUUCUAGUCUUAUAAUAUGACAUGAAAUAAGUUGGUUCAUUUCCAACACACAAUCACAAUAUUCAGCCCUGACUUUAUUCUUACUGUUAUACCAGUGUGUUGUUGUUAUGAAUAAAGUAAUUGCUAGGCUCCUUUUUUAUACAACCACAUGUGAAGCGGCUCCUAUCAUCUAACCACUACUUUGUUUACUGGAAAUACUUUGAGCUUGAAAAUGAAUGAUGUUGAAAUUUUCGCCUGUAGAAUAAGUGUGUAUACAGUACCCUGCAGUAUUUACUGAACCUUUAUGAUGUGUUCAGCAAAACAAGCGUCGUUUAUAGUGCUGACAUUUUGUCCAUCAAAGCCUUUAAUUCCUCAAACUAUAUUUCCAUUUAAUCUUGAGUUCUCUAUCUGGUGUUGUAGGAAAAUGAAAAAUAUGUUAAUUUAAAAUGUGAUUAUUAUCUCAGGGUUACUGUUAGGUAAAGCAACCCUUUCUGCUACUGUUUGAAUCUAUGUACGACCAUUUUUUAAUAGCAAAUCAAUCUGUCUUAUACUUUAUCAACACAAAACACACUUUUUAAGGAUUAGGUCGCAUAAUGUUCACACAGAACUUACUUCAAGUUAUAACACCGUGUGAAUAGAAGAACAUAUUUAUGUGUCAAGUCCUGUGCCUUUUACGCCCUGUAUCCACGAGACCAUCUACUUGCUCAUUUUUACCUUAUUACUCAAAAUUGUACGUUUUUUAUUGUUGCCACUGAACAUAACCCAGGUGGCAAUUGUGCUUGAAUUGAGCAGAAAUUAUUGGCAGUUUACCGUAGUUUCUAGAACAAGGUUUCUAAAAUGACUUUAUAAUAUCCUACAACAUAAAAUCAAUUGUGGAUUUCAGAUUUACACAUGUGACUUUUUAAGAAGUUAGGUUUAAGUAAAUUGAUUUGAUUUAAAAUGUCCCUUUCAUUUGUCUUUUUGACUUCACCAAUCUUCUUACUUUACAUGUUCAUCGCUGCUGAAACAUGUUUACCAAGGUUCACCUGUUAGCCUUGUCUGCGCAAGAGGGUAUAAUACAGCUUCCCAAAUAUCAAAUAAACCAUAUGAAUUGAAGAGCAAAUUAGAUUUUAAAAAUGACAAACAUGUUGAAUUGAGAGUUUCAGUUCACACAUUAGUUGAAUGUAACUUGUGAAGCUAUUGGCUAGUGGGUUGAAAGACAUGUAGGUCUGUUUAAUCAAUUAGUUGAGGGUUUAUUUAAUAUGUAAAACAUUUACUGCCUAAAUCUUUCAGGUUUUUUGACACGUGUCAACUCACAGGAAUACCCUUAGAUUAAACAUGUGGUAACGUACAACAUAUGGUUAAACAGCAGAAAAGUUAAAAAUACAGAAUUAUUUUAUAACUAAAAAUGGAUUGAACCAGUUAUGAUUCAAAUAAAAAAAUGUUAUAGCCUUUUUGUGAUUAACUACUCAACUGUACAAGACUUAACCAAAGAAAGUCCAUGUAGGCCUUUAACAUGAACCGCAUGAAAGAUGUUUUCUUAACUUGUUCCGUGUCAUGAAUAAUAUCUCAGUGAUUGUAUCGACUGCCUUUCUGUAAAUGUCUUUGCUAUAGUCUACAAUCACUUACACAUUAAAGUACCAAUGUUAUCUCUUUUAAACAAUAAAAAGUAGCACAGAUGUAUAUCCUUUUAGUUUCCUUGCUGUUUGAACAUUAAGCGCACUGCCCCUAGGACUUUAUGCAAUGUACUGUGUGUAAAUCAUGUGCUGUAUACAAGUGCAUACACUCAGUAUGUGGGGGCCUCACAGGAAGUUGCAUCAUCUGUUUUUAAAAGACUUGUUCAAAACUACAUUUAUUAAAAGAAGAAUAUGUCAGGUUGUUUUGCCUGGUUGAAGGGUUUGUGAUUUCUGUUGUUUAUCUUUGAGAGGAAUGAAGCACCGAUUAAUGUCUUCCUGUGAAGGGAUAUUUGGGGGUUAAGGGACUGUUAAAUAAAUAACGUCUGUAUACAGUAUCACACUGUGCAUGUUUUAGAGCAGGCUUCACCCUGAGUCACAUUCACUGUCUGAAUCUUUCAUGCUAAAGUGUGCUAGUUUGUUCGUGAAAGGUAUGCAUAUAAUAUAAAUGAGGACAUCAUACUUCUACUUAUAUAUAUACACCAAGCAUAUUAGUUUUAUAAUGAGUGGCAUUAAGUUUCCAGUGUUACAAAUUCUAUCUAUUGCUUGGAUGUUAACAAACAAACAUAAUUUUAUACAAAAACGUAUCCCCUCAAAUGUACACAAUGCACAAUGAAGGAGAAAUACCAUCCUGGGUGAUACAAAUGUUUGAAACAAAUCAGGUUGCCCAUUUGAUCUGUCAAUUGAAUUUUAGCUUAUUCCAAAUGAGAUAUUUCCAGAAAUAUAACAUACCAAUACCAUGCAGAAUCUAUGCUUUUCAUGCACAGAAAUCAUCUGUCAUCCCAGCAUUGCUAACUGUUUGGACUAAACCAACUUCGUGUGUUAUGACGGCCAGGUUAUUAUCUUUUGGCAGAACCUGGGAGAAUUUUGCAUCUGUGUUGUCGAUGUUGUAUUUUUAUUUAUUUUUUGUUCUAUUGCACGUCUGGUUUAUCCUGUGAGAGGGAUCCCUCCUAUGUCGCUCUCCCCAAUACUUUUUCCCCCAGUAAUUGUGGGGUUUCUUGUGAUUUUUUCCGUUGUAUGAGGUGAGGGUCUAAGAACAGAGGGUGUUGUGCUGUACUCACUGUCAAGCCUCCUGAGACAUAUCUGUAAUUGGUGAUAUUGGGCUACAAAUAAAACUUGGAUUGAUUAA